CGGAAACAGGGAUUAAACUCCCGUAUAUCUGGGAUACAGCCGUUUUAUUUUAACUUUCAUAAGACCUUGAAACGUCAAAGAGAACAACAUCAAGGAUGGCAUUGGAGGGGAGCCAGGCCUGCUGCCUCCUUCGCCUCUUUCUCUCUCUCUUUCUCUUUCUCUUUUUGUCAGCUGUUUCUGGCAGCCAUCCUCCCUCUGAGCGCCUCAUGAGUUCAGCAUCUGCCAUCAGGGCUGCAUCUAACCAAACCAAGAAGACAGCUCCAGACGUAGCAGCAGAGGUGGGAAGAUACGCUGACGUGGCCAAACGCAUCAUUGAGCGCGCCGUGUUUGGCGCCGCCCAGAACCGCUCCUACAGGCGGCUGGCGGACUUUACUGACACUGUGGGGAACCGGGUCAGUGGGUCACAGAACCUGGAAAGGGCUAUCAGAUACAUGUACGACGCCAUGAAACAGGAUGGGCUCGAAGUUCACCUGGAGCCGGUAAAAAUCCCCCACUGGGUCAGAGGGAAGGAGAGUGCAGAGAUGGUUGUGCCCAGGGCCAAGAGCCUGGCUAUACUGGGACUGGGCAGCAGCGUGGCAACACCUCCGGAGGGCAUUGAGGCUGAGGUGUUGGUGGUUCAGUCCUUUGAGGAACUGAAGCGUAGAGCCAGCGAAGCCGCAGGGAGGAUUGUGGUUUUUAACCAGCCUUUUAUUAGCUACGGGGAGACAGUCUCCUAUCGGGCUUUCGGCGCUUCAGAGGCAGCCAGAGUGGGAGCUGUGGCCACACUCAUACGAUCCGUCACUCCGUUCUCUAUCAACAGUCCGCACACAGGUUGGCAGACCUACCAGGACGGAGUGAAGCGAAUCCCCACGGCCUGCAUCACGGUGGAGGACGCGGAGCUGCUGUGGCGUUUGGCCCGCAACAAACAGAAGAUCGUGGUCAGACUCGUGAUGGGAGCCCAGACUCUGCCGGACGCUGACUCCUUUAACACGGUGGCUGAGAUAAGAGGCUGGCAGCGCCCGGAGCAGGUUGUCCUAUUGAGCGGUCAUCUGGACAGCUGGGAUGUGGGCCAGGGCGCCAUGGAUGAUGGAGGUGGAGCGCUAAUAUCCUGGGAGGCUCUGUCACUCAUCAAGGACCUGGGUUUGCGCCCAAGAAGAACUUUGCGAGCGGUUCUGUGGACGGCUGAGGAGCAGGGUGGUGUCGGAGCCCAACAGUACUUCAAGCUACACAAGGAGAACAUCUCCAACUUUGACCUGGUUAUGGAGUCUGACUUGGGGACGUUCACCCCGAUGGCUCUGCAGUUUACUGGCAGUGACGCGGCACGAAAGGUGAUGGAGGAAGUGGUCAACCUUUUGGCCCCCAUCAAUACAACCAAACUGGAGGCUGGCGCUGAGGGCACGGAUAUUUCUCAGUGGAUGCAAGCAGGAGUCCCAGGUGCCAGCCUCCAUGUGGCCGACAGUCGUUACUUUUGGUUCCACCACAGCGAGGGGGACACCAUGACCGUCCAGGAUCCUCACGACAUGAACCUCUGCUCGGCCCUGUGGGCUGUGGUUGCUUACGUCGUGGCCGACCUGCAGGACAUGCUGCCGAGAUAGCACCCGUCCCACGUUUUACUGGACGAGUUUCAGUUUCUGCUCAAAGCAACAUGAACUGAGGGUUGGAAUGAAUGAGAGGACAUAAAACCGGACGCACAAUGAGGGGGAAUGAAAAGGUUUAUAGAAAGCCCAGUCUACUUGAAACAAUGCUUAAAUGUUCAAACUAUCAAGAUUAAAAAAAGAAAAAUACA